UCGGCCCGAAUGUUAGCGGGUGGGAGGCGCGGCCGCGUUGCUACAGCCAGAACUGGGCGGCGGCGGGUGCUGCUUGGGAAGACUCCCGGACCCCCGGGCGGCGCGCAAUGGAGGGGCUGGAAGAAAAUGGAAGUGUUGUCCAGGUUGGAGAAUUGUUGCCUUGUAAGAUUUGUGGAAGAACAUUCUUUCCAGUAGCAUUAAAAAAGCACGGACCCAUUUGUCAGAAAACUGCCACAAAAAAACGAAAGACUUUUGAUUCAAGCAGACAAAGAGCAGAAGGAACUGAUAUUCCAACAGUAAAACCUCUUAAACCUAGGCCAGAACCACCAAAGAAACCAUCUAAUUGGAGAAGGAAACAUGAAGAAUUCAUUGCUACCAUAAGAGCAGCUAAAGGCCUGGAUCAGGCACUAAAAGAGGGUGGCAAACUUCCUCCUCCUCCUCCACCAUCGUAUGAUCCUGAUUAUAUUCAGUGCCCGUAUUGCCAGAGGAGAUUCAAUGAAAAUGCAGCUGAUAGACAUAUAAAUUUCUGUAAAGAACAAGCAGCACGUAUUAGUAAUAAAGGCAAAUUUUCUACUGAUACCAAAGGAAAACCAGCAACUAGGACACAGUAUAAACCACCUGCACUUAAAAAGUCAAACUCUCCUGGAACAGCAUCAUCAGGAUCUUCACGAUUACCACAACCAAGUGGCACUAGCAAAACUGUUAUAGGUGUGCCUUCAGGUAAAGUGUCUUCAGUUAGCAGCUCUUUGGGAAACAAACUUCAGACCUUAUCUCCGUCUCAUAAAGCGGUAGCAGCACCUCAAGCAGGUAAAAUGGACAAGUUAGGCCCUCCACUUCGAACUGGAAGACAUGUGCAAAAGUUGUAUGACAGUGACACAAAAUCAGACAGUGCCUUCAAAAGACAUGAGUUAUUACCCCUUUACAAAACUAACAUCAAGCCUCGAAAUUCCACACCACCCAGUUUGGCAAGAAAUUCUGCUGCAAAUGUAUAUACAGCUAAAAGAAAAACACAUACUGAGAGCUACAUAGCUAGGCCCGAUGGAGACUAUGCAUCUUCACUUAAUGGUGGAAACAUUAAAGGCAUUGAAGGAAACUCAUCUGGACAUUUACCAAAAUUCUGCCAUGAAUGUGGGACAAAAUAUCCUGUAGAAUGGGCAAAGUUCUGCUGCGAAUGUGGCAUUCGAAGAAUGAUUCUGUGAACAGAAUCUUAAAGAGUCAGGUUCAGGGUUUUUUGAUUUACUGCUUCUUGGAUACUUAGAGGACUCUGUCUAGUUAUUUUGUGUUAAAACUGUUCAAAAUACUGUUUCCAUAAUUUUUGGAGCAUAAUUCUUUGAUUGAGUAAUGUGUUUGUGUAUAUAUGUAUAUGUAGUAUGUAUAAUAAAUACCCAAUAAUAUGAGCUGUGCCAUUCUAGGAAAUAACUCAUUUACCCAAAGAAAAUAAUUUAAAGUGGAGUCAUUAACUUAGGUAUUGUUCUUCUGUUAAAACACACUCAGUUUAUCUUUAGAAAUACUCUAGUGCUUAGACCUUCAAGCCUUAGGAGAAUCGCAAGUUUGAACAAAAUCAUAUUAAAUAUUGCUAUUGUUGGUGUCUAGGAUCAGAGACUAUCAUAGCUGGUGGGACACUUGGAAUUUUGUAAUCAAAGAGAACAUUUUAGUUUUUGUUAGUUGAUGUGAAGUCAUUUUCCUGUUGAGCUUUUCAAUAAGUAUGUAUUGUUAAAGAAAGGAGAAAAGGGUAGAAAAAGUAAAGAUCUUUGUUACCCCUAAUUCAGCAGAUUAUUAAUUAUAUAAUUGAAGAAACCUUAGUUACUCUGUGGAAAUGUAAUUAUUCAAUUCUUUCCAGAAAAACAAGACUAAAAUUACAAAUGUAAAUUACUAGAACUUAUUUUUUAAACUGUGUGUGUUCGUUGAACAUAUAUUCUGUUUCACUUGUAUUCCUAAUUUUUGCUUUUUUUCUUCUUUCCAAUAACUUUUCUGAAGAGUAGUUUUAAUUUUUAAUUUACUGCAUUUUUACAAUAUUUUAAAAUGUAAUUAUUUAAGGUAUACCAGAAAAAAGGUGUUUUGUUUUGUUUUGUACUGGGAUCUCAAGCAUUCUGAUGCUCUGCCAGUGAACUACAUUCCCCAUUGCUUUUUUAUUUUAUUUUGAGACAGAGCUCUUGCUAAGUUGCCGAGGCUGGUCUCCAACUUGGAAUCCUUUCUCACCCUCCUAAGGAGCUGGGAUUACAGGUAUGCACUACUUCACCUGGCAACAUGCACAAAAUUCUCUGUAAAAAUGUUACACAUUUAACCAUUGUAUUUCUGCAUAGCUAAUUUAUAAGAAAUUAAUGCAUUUUAGAGCAAACCACCUCACCUUAAUAAACAAUAAUUGUAAUUACUAUUACUGAUGAGCAUGCAGUUAAAAGUAUUUGAAUUUCACUUCUUGAGAGUACAUUUAGAUGUAAAUAUGAGUAGGUUAAGAGAAUAUCUUUUCCUACUUAUAUUCUUUAGUGCUUAAUAUUGAAACUCCAUUUAUAUUAUAAUAAAAACCACUGAAUAUGUAUUAAUUGAAUGCAUAGCUUACUUAUGUAAUUAAACAUAAGCAAAAAUGUAUAAUUUGACUAAAAUAGAGCUUUUGAUCAUUGUCACUUUCAGUUUAAUAUAAGUACCUUUCUUUCAUGGGUUAUCCAGCCAUGUUCACUAAUACUUUAGUAAUUAUAUUUGAUCCAAUCUAAGUGAACUUUAUCUUAUUUUAAAGGUAUAAGCAAAUCUUUUAUAUAAUAUUUUGCAGCUUUUUGUUUAUAAUUACGAGCAACCAUAAGGAUCAGUGUAAAAUUUUUGGCUUACAAUUUCAUUUAUCUGAAAUUCAGCUUUUGUUUCUAUUUUUAGUUUGGGAAGGUUUUAUAAACUAAAUGGUAAUAGGAAUUAUCAUUUUUACUUACCUUAUAGUUUCUUUCCUGAGUCUUUUACUAGCUUUUUUUUUUUCUGUUAACCUGUUACAGUAUAAAAAAGUCCAUGAACUUAAACUGUAAUGAAUCCAGAAAGUUAAUGUACCUAUUAUAUUUCCAUUUCAGUAACUUUAUUCUCUAAUUGUUAUAAACUAUAUAAAGGACUUAGAAUUGAACACUAUUUUCUUUCAAAUGUAUUUCUAAGACCACAUACCUUUUUUAUCUGCUCAAAAAAAGGAUAGAUAAGUGAGUUUAAAUAAAUUGGCACAUGUUUGUUUCUCACUGAAUUUUUCAUUAAUAAAUAAAUAUAAUGUAUUAUAUGGAAAUGAGUCAGUAAUCAUCCAAUUCCAGAGUCAGAGAUUAUUAUAAGCAGUAAGUAGGUGAAAUAUGACUUUGGAAAUAUGUUGUGGCAGUGUCUUUAAGUGGAUUUUAUAUUACUUGCAUAUUUUAGUCUCACAUUGAUUUGUUGUGCAAUAGUGUUUAAGCAAUCAUCUUAUGCAUUGUUUAUUUUAUUUUUAUUUAUUUGCACAAAUAUAUCCAGUUUGGUAGAAUGAAAAAUUACUGUAAGCUUAAGUUAAAAUGUAAAAAAUCACCUAUAUAUUAUUCUGCAAGUUAGCUUGAAAAAUUAUUGUGACUACUGUUUCCUCUUCAUUAUGUUUUAUAUAUAUCUUCAUUUUGAACGAAUUCAAUAAAGAUGUGAAGUACAAAAA